AUGUCAAUACAAACAAUUGUUUUUGCUGAUCAGAUGAAAUCUGACAUAAAUAUGAUUAAAAUUAUCACGAUUCUUGUUCUCACGGCAUAUACUUCUAUGGUCGUUGCUGUAAUCUCAAACAUCACGCUCUCUUCGGAUCAAGUACCUAAAAAUUCUACUCUCACCGUAAAUUGGAUAUCCGACAAUGUUGAAACCUCGAAUUUUGGAUAUUUGCUUCUUGUUAACACUCAGGAUCAAAGCGUUACUGCAAUAGAUAGUGGCCUAAAUAUUAGCAAAUUGUCAGAAAGUUUUGAUGUCACCAAAGAAGCAGGAACUUAUUUUUUGGUCAUCGGAGACGGCCUUGGGGGCGAAUAUUACUCCGUAGAUUUUGUUGUUGCUGAUGAAACUGGGACCACUGAUACCGAAGAGGAGGAGGAUGGUGGUGGCGUCGGGCGUUCCGUCGGACAAUCCGUCAGGCAAGCGCUAAAAAUUUCGUUCAUUGAAUCCGUUGAAAAGGUUAGCGACAGAGUAAGUAGAUCGAUCGGUGAGUCCGUGGGAAAGUCGGUGGGUGAAACUUUAGGGAGAUCAGUAGACGAGUCGGUAAAAACAAAGAUGAGCGAGCGUUCUGAGGAAUUGUAUGAGUAG